AAAAAAUCCAUAAGCGCAGAAAGGAACUGCGAGUGUCCUUAAACCAGGGUCGACGCUAGACAAUUAUUUAUUGCAGUUCUGACUUUGAAUGGCAACAGAUAGGGGUGGAGAUACUCUCUUCGUCUCCACUUACAAGAGUUCAGAGUCAAAGUGAAGAGAGAGUGGGAAAUUUCUUUAUGUAAUAUAAAUUUAUUUAUUAAAAAUUAAAUUAUAAGUGAAAAAUAUAUAUAUUAAAUAUAAUUUUAAUAAUAUAUUUAUAUAUUUUUUAAAAUUAUCAUUUUUAAAUAUAUAAAAUAAAUUAUUUUUAAUUAAAUAAUAUAUUAUUAUGUAGAUGGAUUACUGGGUUUGAGGUGGGAGACGUUCUCUUUUUCACCCUAAUCAAGGUUUUGUGGGUUGGGUUUGGCAUCCAAAAAAUUAGAUCGAGUUUGGAGCGGAAUGGGUGAAUAAAAAGUAUGGAUCUGACUGUUAAAUAAUGAAAUGUGCAACCGGUUGUCUUUAUAAAAUUAUGAUGAUUUAUUAUUAUUAAAAAUUGUUUAUAAGAAUAUUUCAUAAUUCUAAUAUUCUUAGCAAACCGCUGCGUUUUGCUUGGACCUGCCUUUCUUGCUCUCUGUUACUGUUCUUUCAGCGUGUGCAAAAUGCUUCUUCCAGUUCCACUCCACCGCUGAAUUACUCAACAGGCACUGCACCGAGGCAUAUUCCUUCCUAAGAAAUGAAUAGUAGGCUUUUCAAGGGACAGCCUUUCCGUUUGAAUCAAACAUAUUUUUUCUCAUAUGAAAGAACCGUAACCCUAGGUCCACAUACCCUCCUCGAUCCUCUCUACUCUGACAUUCCCAAACCCCGUAGAGACAAAUCCCAGCGAAAGCCGUUGCCGACUCCCAUGAAACUUCUCAUUCAAAGAGCUAAACAGGAGAAAGAAGCUAGAAUGGCUCAACCUUGUAGGAUGCUUGAGCAUCCACCUGAUAAUGGACUAUUGGUCCCCGAACUUGUCGAGGUGGCUCACCAAGUUUAUCGAGCUCGACAAUCUCUUCUCUCUGGCUUGGCUAAGCUUGUUAAAGUCAUUCCGGUUCAACGCUGCAGGUUUUGCAAUGAGGUUCAUAUUGGUCAUGUGGGUCAUGAAAUUAGAACCUGCGUUGGUCCAGGCAGUGGUUCCCGCAGUGCUACUCAUGUUUGGAGAAGGGGAGGAGUGCGAGAUGUGGUCUUUUUCCCCAAAUGUUUCCAUCUCUAUGAUCGUGUGGGUAAGCCAAGAGUUGGACAUAGCGAGAGGCAUUCUGUGCCAAGGAUCCCUGCCAUUGUAGAGCUUUGUAUACAAGCUGGGGUAAACCUGGAAAAGCUCCCUACAAGGAGGAGGACAAAACCUGUAUAUUCCAUGGAAGGAAGAAUAGUAGAUUUUGAGCUAGUGGCAGAAACGAAUGAAAUUAAAAACUCUCACUUUGAGAAUAUUGAUCCUCUUGUGAGUUCUAAUUUUGGGACUGAAUUUGAUGGAGUAACAACUAAUUUUGAGUUGGAGAAAAAUACUGACAAUUCAGAUGAAUCAAAUGAUCGACCAGCUGAAAGGGAUUUAAGUAUUGGGACAAUGGAGUCAUGGUUUGAAAUGAUUUCAGGGGCAAAGAAGAUCAUGGAUAAGUACAGUGUUUUAACCUGUGGAUAUUGUCCUGAGGUUCAGGUAGGUCCCAAGGGACAUAAGGUGAGGAUGUGCAAGGCAACCAAGCAUCAGUCUCGCGAUGGUCAACAUGCAUGGCAAGAAGCAACAAUAGAGGAUCUUGUGGGUCCAAAUUAUGUGUGGCAUGUCCGAGAUCUGAAUGGUCCUUCUCUGGAUAACAAAUUGAAGAGGUAUUAUGGCAAGGCUCCUGCCGUAGUUGAGUUAUGUGUGCAGACUGGUACACCUGUUCCAGAUCAAUAUCGGAGUAUGAUGAGAUUAGAUGUUAUUCCUCCUAACCGAGAUGAAGUUGAUCUUGUUGCCUGAACUGGUGUUUCAUAAUGCGGAUAGGUAUGCACUUAUAUUAUCUUAGAGAAUCUGUGGAUGAUGAGGAAAUUCUAUGUUUAUAACGUCACAUAUGUAGUUUUGCAUGGAUGGCCAAUUGAUGCGAAUUGGUAUUUGGCUCUUGAAUGUGGUGUAUUAGUAUUUGCUCUAGCGUUCAUUGGCAUGGUGAUCUAAUUGUCCUACUCCAGUUCCCAGCUUGCUUCAUGAGCAUAUCAAGAAGAAAGAGAAGGGAUACAAAAUGGGGAUGAAGUGCCUGCUGAUCGUAUUAUGAUGCCUGCAGUUUGCAAGAAGCCACUAAUAUUCGAGUGUGAAUAUGGCAACAAGGAAUUAUGGAGCUUUAAGAGGGCAAAGAUAAAUGAGGAUCAACCAUAUUGCAAAUCCUAAUCAAGCGCAUGGUUUGUUAUGGUGGCACAUUACAUGGAACCAUUUUGGUGCAUAACUUCAUAUAAAGAGUGUUCUAGGAAGUUUUGGAAAUGAGGGAACUAAACAGAGCAUUUUUCUUCAACAUAACUGAAAUUUUGCUGGAAAUAUGUACAUAAAAUGCUGCUUGCUUUAUGCUUACUUGAGAGAGUGGAUAUCACUUGAUGAUUUUGUUACCUUGUACAGAUUUGAGUUUGUAUAGCACUGACACAUGAGAGAUCGAUCAUGCAUUUAAUAUGAUGCACUUACUAAUAUGAUUUCAGCGGAA